AUGCACUGCGAGGUGGCGGAGGCGCGCUCAGACAAGAGGCCGAAGGAGGCCCUCGGCGCUCCGGGUCCAGGCCGCGGGCCCACUGGCCUUGGCGGUACGCACAUGGCCUUCAGGGUCACCGUGAGCGGCGGUGGCUGCGUGGAUGGGGGCCCGCGUGACCUAUUGCCCCGGCCGCCUGUGCCGCCGCCGUGCGCCCACGACCUCCUCCGGCCACGGAGCCCCCGAGACUUUGGGCCGUCCAAGACCGCUGCCGCCGGGAAGGUGAACGGGAGCUGCGGCCACUGCACCCCAGGCUCGGAGAAGAGCCUGCUGGACCUGGACCUUGUGGAGGGCCCCGGCCCCACCUGCCGCCAGGGCCUUUUUCUCCCUGCAGGCACCCCACCACCCCGGGGCCAGCCCCCAGCCUGCGAGAGGCUCCUGCAUUUCCCCCACCCCAGCAGGUCGCCCAGACCUCAGGCCACGUAUGUGAAUGGUGGCCUUCCACAGCACAUCAAGCAGGAGUCCCUGCCCGACUACCAGGCCAUGACAGAAGCUCGCGCACCACUGUCCGCUCACUGCCGGGCCCCGCCAGCCACUGGCCUGCACACAGACCUGGACCUGCCGGGCCGGGGCCUCGCUAACCCUGCGCCUUCCUGCUACCUUCUGGGCAGCGAACCCAGCUCCGGCCUGGGCCCCCCACCUGAGGCCCACCUCCCUGAGGGCAGCAUAAAGCGGUGCUGCCUCCUGGGCCUGCCCCCCACCUCCCCGGCCUCUUCCUCACCCUGCGCCUCGUCCGAGGUCACCUCCAUCAUCCGCUCUUCCCAGACAUCUCUGGUCACCUGCGUCAACGGACUCCGGAGCCCCCCGCUGCCGGGAGACCUGGGGGGGCCUCCCAAGCGGGCCCGACCUGGCCCGGUGACGGUGGAGAGCCACGAGGGCAGUGUGCAGCUUGAAGCCUGCCGGAAGGCGGCCUUCCUGAAGCAGGAGCCUGCGGACGAGUUCUCGGAUCUCUUUGGGCCGCUUCCCCAGCAGGGCCUGCCGCCCCCGUACCCUGCGUCUCAGUUACCGCCAGGCUCAGGCCUCGGAGGGCUGGGGCUGGUGGGCAGGGGGAUGGCCGGCCAGCAGGCGUGCCGGUGGGUGGACUGCUGUGCGGCCUACGAGCAGCAGGAGGAGCUGGUGCGGCACAUCGAGAAGAGCCACAUUGACCAGCGCAAGGGCGAGGACUUCACCUGCUUCUGGGCGGGCUGUGUGCGCCGCUACAAGCCCUUCAACGCCCGCUACAAGCUGCUCAUCCACAUGAGGGUGCACUCGGGGGAGAAGCCCAACAAGUGCAUGUUUGAAGGCUGCAGCAAGGCCUUCUCACGGCUGGAGAACCUCAAGAUCCACCUGCGGAGCCACACGGGUGAGAAGCCGUACCUGUGCCAGCACCCUGGCUGCCAGAAGGCCUUCAGUAACUCCAGCGAUCGUGCUAAGCACCAGCGCACCCACCUGGACACGAAGCCCUACGCCUGCCAGAUCCCCGGCUGCUCCAAGCGCUACACGGACCCCAGCUCCCUCCGCAAGCACGUGAAGGCCCAUUCAGCCAAAGAGCAGCAAGUGCGUAAGAAGCUGCACGCGGGCCCUGACACCGAGGCUGACGUCCUGACCGAGUGUUUGGCCCUGCAGCAGCUCCAUGGGUCCACACAGCUGGCUGCCAGCGACAGGAAGGGGGGCCGCCCCCUGGGCCAGGAGCUGCUCCCAGGCAUGUAUCCUGGCUCUGUCACCCCCCAUAACGGGCUCGCAUCGGGCAUCCUGCCCCCCAUGCACGAGGUCCCUUCCAGGCACCACCCACUGGAUGCCAGCACCAGUUCCCACCACCAUCUGUCCCCUCUCCCCACGGCUGAGAGCACCAGGGACGGGUUGGGACCCGGCCUCCUCUCCCCUAUGGUCAGCCCACUGAAGGGACUUGGGCCACCACCGCUGCCACCAUCCUCUCAGAGCCAUUCUCCAGGGGUCCAGCCCUUCCCCACACUCUCCAGCAAGCCACCCUACCCACCUUUCCAGAGCCCUCCACCCCCACCUCUGCCCAGUCCACAAGGGUACCAGGGCACCUUCCACUCCAUCCAGAAUUGCUUCCCCUACGGCGACUGCUACCGGACAGCUGAGCUAGCAGCCAGCGGGGACGGUCUGGCCGGGGAAGCCCACGGUUUCAACCCCCUGCGGCCCAAUAGCUACCACGGCCUCAACGCACCUUUAUCUGCCACCGGCUACGAGGCCCUGCCACCACAGUCAUCCGAAGACAUGGCAUCCAGCGGCCCCGAGGACUGCAGCUUCUUCCCCAACGGGGCCUUUGACCACUGCCUGAGUCACAUCCCGUCCAUCUACACGGACACCUGAAGGAAGGCCCUGCCUGCCCUUGCCCCCCUCUAUGGCAGACACUGCUUUGCCCACUGGCCGUCUGUCCCCACCCUCUGGGCACCCAGCCUGAGCCAGCAGGCCGCAG